AUGCCUUCUCCUACCGGUGCUCUAUCUUCCACCUUCUCUCCCUACUCCGACUCCCCCAACUCCCCGGCGCCAUUCAAGACAUAUCCUCUGGCCGAGAAGCGAUCUCCCAGUGGCACGGAUACCCUCCAUCCGCCUCCAAGCCCAUACCCACAACACAUCGAUCCGUCGCCUGUCGAUUCCAAUGGCACCGAGAACACAGAGAUAGAGGAAGAAGCUCAAGAAGACGGUGAAUCACGGGCGCAGUCAGAGUCGAACAAUGUGCCAGAUGCAGAUGCGCAACCAUCGGACAUUGAAAUCAUAAGUCCAGAAAGUGCAUCUAGUGACCGAAUUCCCCUUCUCCAGACACAGCUACCGCCUCACAAGCCGGCGGAUGACGAACCACAGUCUGUCAUUCAUGCACCAGCCGGCUUCAAGAACUUCGAAGACAUGAGAGCCAGCCAGCAGUCGCCCACCGAAGGGUCCGAGAAUACCGUCGUGUCCCCACGCACGCCCGAGGCUGUCAUGAGUCCGAUAUCCAGGAAAAUGUCGGCAAUGUCUCCCGUCAAUACGAGUGUCCCACGUUACGUCGACCGAUCCACGCCGCGAGCCCACACUAGACAGGAAUUUGACGAGCGCAGAAGCAUGCGCACUCCUAGCCUUGAUGACAUCCCCGAGGCGCAAGACAUCGUCUCCACUCCAGCAGAAGAACAAGGCGACGCUCAAUCAGGCGGAGAGAAACUCGUCUUUCGCUCGAUUGAAGAGUCACUCGCGGAUGCAGAGGGACGAUUGGCAAACCUGCGUACGGCAUUGAGUGAAUGCUGGACACUCUGCAAUACUCUCGCCAACCUCUCGUCGACGCAUCGGCAGCGCACAUUUCAAUACGCCGGCAGACAGCAGGUGCAAGAGCAAGCAUGGCGUAGCUGUUGGCGACUCUGCCAACAACUCUACGACUCGAGGGACAAAGACCAUACCUCGCACGUGCUGCCAACGCUGGAGCUCUGCCGCGAGUUCUGUACCUCGCUUUUCGACGCGAGACAAAAGCUAGACGACGUAACAGACUCGGUCUUGCGGUUGAGCUUCGAGCUGAACAAUCACCUCUACAAUACGCAAGACCGCUCGCUCCCCGAAGCAUUCAGCGAGAGGACGCUGGACUUUUACGUCACCUUGUGCCAUCGACUGAUGAAACAGCAAACAUCGCUGCCACCGGAGACAGAUGCGCUGCUACGAGCAUGCUGGAAUCUGGCGGAAAUGCUAUUCAACUUACGCCAGAACAAUCGCGAGGGCAAGAGCCCCGACGAAGAGCUGCUCGGCUCGGCCGUGCAGGCAUGUUGGGAGCUUUGCGACCUCUUCCGCGAAGGAUGGACGCAAGUGCGGCCCGAUCGAGGCACGCCUCGCCCAAGUCAAACCGUCUUCCCUUCCCAAUCCUCUCUGCAUUCAGGGUCAAGUCGAUCAGAAGUCCGCUCCCGCUCUGCCUCCACCUUGAGUAACCGCGGACCUCCGGUACCAGCCCGAUCUCUGCCUCCCGAAACCCCCUCGACGAUCUUUGAUGAUGCGAGCACAGCCACUUCUUCACCAGACGGUGGUUCCGUCCCUCACAUUCUCGUCCUCGGACCGGCCAGCGGCGCAAACGCGGGCAAGACUCUCCGUGGAGGAACACAUCACGACCGAUGGUCGAGCAACGCCUCCGCUCUGAGCGCCUACUCCGAAUCGUCCACACCCUCCUCGCAGCGAACCUCCUCCACCGCCACCGCCAACAGUGAAGAAGCACACCUCACCCGCCUACGCUGCCUCCUCCUCAAAGCCGGCAUGAACACCGGCUUCUCCCGCAUCUCCGGCCAGCGCCUACCCGAUUACCUCCAAAGCGUCCCUGGCUCCGCGUUCGGCUCACUACCCUGGCAGGAGAAAGUCUUCUCCUUCUACAAGGCUCUCGUCAUAGGCGACGCAUCGAUGGAGACGGUGCACAGUAUCCCGUCGAGGAGAUUAGGCGCAAACGAGGUGGCAAAGUCGGUGCGCUGGCUGGGAAGCAAUGAAGACUGGGCGUGGAUGCGCGAUCUUUAUCGGAUCGUGUUUGGCUUUGGCAUCGAUGAGGCGGAGCGAAGAGGUGGGUCGUUCCAGAUAUGA